AUGGCGCUGCACUCAAGGCGGAAGGCUCCAGGAUGCUGGCGCUUCAUCCGGGCACUUCACAAAGGGCCCGAAGCUGCUCCAGUCGCCCAGAAUGACAGCGUAAAGCGAGUCUUUUCAGGCAUUCAGCCGACAGGAAUUCCUCACCUGGGAAAUUACCUGGGUGCUAUUGAAAGCUGGGUGAAGCUACAGGACCAGUAUGAAUCGGUGUUGUACAGCAUCGUCGACCUGCACUCCAUCACCGUCCCCCAGGACCCUGUCGUCCUUCGGCAGAGUGUCCUGGACAUGACCGCAGCCCUUCUUGCCUGUGGCAUCAACCCUGAGAAAAGCAUUCUUUUCCAGCAGUCUCAGGUGUCUGAGCACACGCAAUUAAGUUGGAUCCUAACCUGCAUGGUCAGACUGCCUCGAUUACAACAUUUACACCAGUGGAAGACUAAGAGUGCCAAGCAGCAGCAGGAAGGAACGAUGGGUCUGCUAACCUACCCAGUGCUCCAGGCUGCAGACAUUCUGUCCUACAGGUCCACGCACGUCCCUGUCGGAGAGGACCAAGUCCAGCACAUGGAACUAGUCCAGGACCUCGCACGGGGUUUCAACAAGAAGUAUGGGGAGUUCUUUCCAGUGCCCCAAUCUAUUCUAACCUCCAUGAAGAAAGUGAAAUCUCUUCGUGAUCCUUCAUCUAAAAUGUCCAAAUCCGACCCCGACAAACUGGCCACAGUCAGAAUAACAGACAGCCCGGAGGAGAUAGUGCAGAAGUUCCGCAAGGCGGUGACAGACUUCACAUCAGAAGUCACCUACGACCCUGUGGGCCGAGCGGGUGUCUCCAACCUGGUGGCCAUCCAUGCGGCGGUGAGCGGGCUCCCGGUGGAGGAGGUGGUCAGCCGGAGCACAGGCCUGGACACGGCCCACUACAAGCUGCAGGUGGCGGAGGCCGUGAUUGAGAAGUUCGCCCCAGUGAAGAGGGAGAUCGAGAAACUGAAAGCAGACCCGGACUAUUUACAGAAGGUUUUAACAGCCGGGGCUGCCAAAGCCAAAGAGUUAGCAUACCCAGUGUGCCAGGAGGUGAAGAAGCGGCUGGGCAUGCGCUAGGACACAGACAGUCACCCUCCAGACAGAAUUAUGGUGUGGGGAAAUUUAUACAGUUGAUUCUUAGCUUCCUUUGAGGAAUAUUGUUUUGUAGCCUUGAAAUAGAAUAAUGACUCAGUGAAAGAAGGUGUGGAUCUCCCAACUGCUGGCAGCACACGAGGGUGCAUAGCGAUCCACGCUGGUGGGACUGGGCGGUGGUGCGGGGUGUGGGCGCCCACACGCCAACUGCUAGCAGGCAUUCGCUUCGUGAAUGUCAUCGAUGGUCAUUGAUGGCUCGCAUUCAUCAUCCUAGUUACUCAGGAGGCUGGAAACUGAGGGGAUCAAAGUGUAAAGCCAGCUUGGGCAGAAAAGUC